AUGACUAGAUUGCCCGGCCAGCCCGUUUCCGUCUUGUUUGUGUGCUUGGGCAACAUUUGCCGGUCGACAAUGGCCGAAGGAAUAUUCCGCGAUUUGGCAAAGCAGCCGCAGUUCAAGGACAAGAUUGGCGACAUUGAUUCUUGCGGAACGGCUGCGUAUCAUGCCGGCGACCCGCCGGACUCACGAACACUCGAGACGCUAGAGAGCCACGAGAUUUUCGACUACGACCACGAUGCGCGCCGCAUUACAAGAAGCGACUUUGAAAGGUUCGACUACAUCUUCGCCAUGGACCUCUCCAACCUGUCGGACCUCGAGCGUCUCAAGCGCGAGAACAAGGACUCCAAGGCCAAGGUGAUGCUGUUUGGCGAAUACAGCGGCACGAAGAAGCCAGAAGUGGUUAGCGACCCCUAUUACGGUGGCCAGGAUGGCUUCGACAAGGCAUUCGAGCAAUGCUCUCGCUUUGCCAAGAACUUCCUGCAGGAGGUGGUGAUGAACGAGUAAACGGGGGCAAACAGACGGGGGAGAGGCCGGCAACAUUACGAUAUUUUUGAUGACAAUCGGAGUAGAUGGACCUUGGGACGGGAUUUGAUACCCAACACUUGAUAUCUCCCUCUGGGGAUACGCGGAUUAUACAAGCAACUAAUACGCCUAGAAUCGUGUCUAGAACAUACACAAUAUUUUGGGGUUGGUAGAUAGCACACGGCAUUAAUCUUGAAUUUAGACGUUCUUUAAUUUAGCAGGAGAGGCCAAACGCGUUUUGGCAUAAUUAA